AUUACGCUAGCACGCCGCCCCAGUCCGCCCUCGGCCGCGCAACCUUCAGACCGGGGCUUUUUCAUCCCUCGGCGGACGCCGUAGCUCCGAGAAAAAAAUGUUCGCGGAGCUGAACGAGCUGCUGGGGGUCUCCGUGGAGAAGCCGGAGCAGGGCAAACUGACCUUGCUGUGUGCUUCCAAGACAGACGCCAGCUUCCUGGUCCACCAUUUCCUCUCCUUUUAUUUGAAAGCUGGCUGUAAAGUCUGCUUUGUGGCCCUUCUGCAGUCCUUCAGUCACUACAACAUGGUGGCCCAAAAGUUGGGAACUAGCCUAACCGCGGCCAAAGAACGAGGCCAGCUCGUGUUCUUAGAGGGGCUGAAAUCCUCAAAUGACCUCUUGUUUGGCCAGCCGCCGCCGGGGGAAGCCAGCCCUUUCCAGUUCGUCAGCGGAGACGGGUCCAACCUGAAAGCGCUCUAUGGGUUUGUUCGGAGAGCCCUCAGCCCAGCCGCUAGUGGGGACGUCUGGAAGUUCCCUGUGCUGGUCGUGGACAACCUCAGUGUCUUGCUGAGCUUGGGCGUGACGCCAACGGACGUUCUUGAUUUCAUCCAUUAUUGCAGAGUCACAGUGACCGCUCAGCUUAAGGGGAGCCUGGUGGUCGCGGUGCAGCAGAGCGACACCUCCGAGGACCAGGAGAAUGAGCUGCUGGUGAAGUCCCUCCAUCACCAGAGCAGCUGGGUGCUGAAGGCAGAAGGGCUGGCGACCGGCUUCUGUAAGGACGUCCACGGGCAGUUAACAAUUGUCCAGCGUAGCUCGUGGGAAACCAAAGCCAAGAGAGACCUCCUCCGUGUUUUCCAGUACAAGAUCCAGGACAAGAACGUCAUUUUUUGCCCGAGGGAUGUCAGCAGCUGUGUUGUGACAUCUGGGAGGCGGGGGAAACGGGGAAGCAGCGGCCGUCCUUCGGAAAUGUUUGCGGGAUCCAGAAAUGGAGAGAAGGAGCGCCUUAGAGGAAAGUGGCUUUUGCAGGAACGGUUCAGCCGCCGCUGCUGUGGGGUUUGUUCCGGCACCUGUUCCUCCUCCGGUAUCGAAUCCUAUGCAAGUGUGACGUGGUCUGAGCUGCUCUGUGGACCAUCCGGAUAAAGGAGAAGAGACUGAAAUGGACUCUGUGGGAGUCUGGGCGACUCAAUAAAAGCAGGUCAUGAUCAAGCCAGCAGCUGCUUUGCUGUGGUGUCGGAAUCCAGGGUCAGGCAGAGCGGUGAGGAAAUGUAAUAAAUGAAAGAAUAAUGCAAUAAUUGAAAGUUGGGGCCGAAAAGAGAUGUCGGAGAGGCUUGUAGCAGCGCUAGAAUCUAGGUCGGGUGAGCAGCCCGUCACCCAGUUCUCCCGCACGCCCUCCUGCCAUCGCACUCAUGGCUGGGUGUGCGCCCGCGCCCUGCAUCCCAGCAAAAUUGGACUCCUGCAAAACAGCCCCAGCAGCUCAGCUGGGAAAGGUGUGUGGAGGAGACCUCUCCUCGUGCAUCCUGUUUCCCAGCACAACCGAGGGUGCUGAGGA